CCAUCAUCAUCUUAGGAGGGGAAUCAGGAUGAACACUAAGGAAGACAAGGAUGCUAAACCAACAUCAGGUGGUCCAAUCGGACAGAGUAUAGCAUCAGCCCUUCCUGAAGCAUCAACGCUACCUGCGAUCAGUAUUCCACAAGAAGCAGCGAUGGGUGUUGUGAAAGGAUCACUUGGAUUUUCUGCUUUGUCGGGAAUAGGUGGAAUGAUUUAUGGUGCUUUACGUGCUCAACCUGCAAUCUUAUAUGGAAUGCAGUAUGGACUCAAUACAUUUUCGUUUGCAUUUCCGAUCUUUGCCGUUCGACAAUAUAUCGCUAUUCCAUGGUAUAACGAAAUACUACAUCAACGAUUCGGACCGGAUCGUAUACCUUCUUUGCAUAUGCAUAACAUCAUUCCUACAACCAUUUCCGGUGCUUUGAUGGGUGGUGCAAUGACGACUUACUUUUCUGGAAAACAAAAGCUUUGGGCAGGCGCAAGGACGUUUGGUAUUAUCAGUUUGGCACUUCAAUUAGCCAGUAAUGAAAUGAGCGUUCUGCGUAUCAACAUGCUGGCCGAUCAAGAUGGAAGAAGUUCGAUACCUCUGACUCAGACGGGUGGAUCAGAAGUACAAGCUCCUGCUUCAUCCGGCAACAAUCAAACGCAAAUGGAAAAAGUUUCACUACGUCCGAAGGAUGAAGGCGUGAAACAGGAACAGGGCUUCUUAGGAAAAGCAUGGGACAAAGUUGCUUCUUGGUCACCCGUGCAUCGGAUAAGCGAUGAAGAAUAUGAGAAGUCCCUACUUCGGCGGAGAGAAGAAGUGGCAGAGCAAUUACGAUCAGUCGAUCAACGGAUAGCAGAAGAAGAAAAGGCAACACACAAAGUUUAGGUCCGACGGCGUCACUUGUUUAAUAUCACAUUGUACUCUAUAAACAGCCUCGUCAGAAAAAUUCAUUCAUUAUUGCAUCAUCCGUGCGAACGCCGCAAAUGUCCUUUUCACAUCGGAGACUACCAGU